AUGGCUAAACCGCCGCACAAACCCCUUAUCACUAUUGUGGGUGCGACAGGUACCGGCAAAUCAGAUCUGGCUGUAGAGAUCGCGCGAAAGUACAAUGGCGAAAUCAUCAACGGAGAUGCUAUGCAGCUGUAUCGUGGGUUGCCCAUUAUCACCAACAAGAUCACGCAGGAUGAAACGAAAGGGGUUCCUCACCAUCUCCUCGGCUGCAUAAGCUUGGAAGAAGAGACUUGGACUGUGGGGAAAUUUGUAGGCGAGGCUUUGAGAACAAUCGACGAAAUCCGAAGUCGAGGCAAGCUACCGGUUUUGGUUGGUGGGACUCACUAUUACACGCAAUCACUUUUGUUCCAGGAUGCGCUAGCCGAUGAGCCUGAGCUUAAUUUGAACGAGAACAGUAAGCCUCUUCCGGUGCUGGGAGAGUCGACUGAAGUUCUGCAUACGAAACUGAGAGAGGUUGAUCCUAUCAUGGCCGACAGGUGGCAUCCGAACGAGCGGCGCAAGAUCCAGCGCUCACUUGAGAUAUACCUUAGAACGGGAAAGCCAGCUUCGCAGCUCUACAAGGAGCAAAAGCUUCAACGCGACGCUCUUGCUGAUCAGGCCAAUGGAGCGGCAUCUGAUAGUCUUCGCUUUGAAACUCUAGUUUUCUGGGUGCACGCAAACAAGGACGUGCUGCAUCGCCGUCUUGAUGGCCGUGUUGACAAGAUGAUCGCUAGAGGCCUCCUGUCUGAAGUCAAGCAACUUAACAGCUUCCGUGAACACCGAGAAUCCAGUACUGGUACAAACAUUGACCAGACUCGCGGCAUCUGGGUAUCAAUAGGAUACAAAGAGUUCCUGGACUACCAAAGUGCUCUCUCGGGCCAUGCAAAGACGGCCUCUGAGCUAGAGAAGUUGAAGAUUUCAGCCAUUGAGAAGACGCAAGCUGCUACACGACAAUACGCCAACCGCCAGAUCAAGUGGAUCCGGAUCAAGCUUCUCAAUGCACUGAUUGGUGCAGGCCAGGAGGACAACACCUUCCUUGUUGAUGGCUCUGAUAUAUCGGAAUGGGAGGACACCGUUGUGAAGCCUGCUUUGACCGUCACCGAACGAUUCCUUUCUGGUCAAUCCUUACCUUCACCCUCAACAUUAUCACCAGCAGCAGCAGAGAUGCUGACACCGAAGCGUGAAUAUGAUCUGGGACAGCGACCAGACCUCUGGCAGAAGAAGGUCUGUGAGAUAUGCGGUACGACAGCUAUUACUGAGAAUGACUGGAAUCUGCACCGCCAAAGCCGCGCUCAUCGACGUGCAGUAGGCGCGAGAAAGAAGCAGGAGAAUGCACACAAGAUGCGAAAUGGUGGCACCAAAAGUCCUAAAGAAGAGGUGGUUGAUGUUCUCGAACACUAUCUGGAUAACCUCUCAAAAGGACAAGAGCUCAAAUGA